AUGGUGGACGUGCUGGGCGGGCGGCGCCUGGUGACCUACGACGGCACGUGGGUGGAGGCCGAGGCGGCGCUGCAGAACAAGGUGGUGGCGCUGUACUUCGCCGGGGGCCGGUGCGCGCCCAGCCGCGAUUUCACGCCGCUGCUCUGAGACUUCUACGCGGAGCUGGUGGACCAGGCGCGGCCGUCCGCGCCCUUCGAGGUGGUCUUUGUGUCCGCCAACGGCAGCGCUCAGGAGAUGCUGGACUUCAUGCGGGAGCUGCAUGGUCACUGUCUUGGACCCAGCCAGCAGCAAGAAGAAAAGAGCCCAAAGGCAUCCUCAGCCCAGUGGGAGGGCUCACCGGGCAGGCUGGGUUCUAAGGCUUUGCAGGCUCAGCUGGCACUGUGGAGGCGCUGGUCCCUGCAGGCGUGCAGCAGCCUGGCCUGUCCCACACCACCCCUCGGUCGCCCUCUUCUCUCCCACAGUGAGCUGAGGACCAGGUACCACAUCAUGGCCAUCCCCGGGCUUGUGAUCGUGAAACCGAGCGGGGACGUCAUCACUGACAAAGGGCGGAAGCAGAUCCGGGGGCGGGGGCUGGCCUGCUUCCAGAACUGGGUGGAGGCAGCUGACAUCUUCCAGAAUUUCUCCGGUUGAGCUGGGGGGAUCUCCGGGGACCUGGACAGGUGUGUGUCACUCCUGUUGCUGCAGCGUGAACAGGACAGAGAAGAGGAGCAUCCUGUUUCCUUUCUCGAUGCUGGUGGUUUCCUUCAGAGCAGAAGCACUCAGCUGUGAUGGAAAGAAAAUAUUGCUCAGGGAGCGCCCUCCCUGAAACCUUGUUUG